AUGGAAGAAAACGAAACAAUAAAUGACCAUUCAUCUUUUGUUACAGAAGAAAAUAUUUCUUUCAUUAGUAAUGUGUCUCCUGUUGUUGUUUCAAAUGAUGAUACAUUGACUGUAUCCUCCCAAAAAAUUAGUGGAAAACCUAAGUCAAUUGUAUGGGGCAGAUACAUCAAACAAGGAAGAGAAGUUUCAAAGGGACAUUGGAAUGCUACAUGUAAUUUUUGUGGGGUAUUUUGGUAUAAAGGUUCACCUGCUACUCUUGAAAAUCACUUAGGUAAUUUAUGUGUAAAAGUACCAGUAGAAGUUCGUGAUUUUUUUUUGGAAAGUUAUCUUGCAGGAGAUACACUCAGAACUUUAGCCAAAGAAAAUCAUGUUGAAGGAGGUGGACUUAAACAAUGGGUGAAUACUCAUUGGCAUACUAUGUAUGAUUGUGUUUUGUCUAUUAUAAAUCAUAAAGUGACAUUAGAAAUGAUUCUCAACGAUAAUCCUGAAAUUUUAAAUACUUCAGUGCAAACAAUAUUGCAUAAAAGAGCAUUCUUUGAUGAUUUGAAAGCUCUAGCAUUUAUAUUUUAUUCUGUAGGGGCAAAAGGUGCAUUGCGACAUAUCUUACUCACGGCAGAUAAUUACUAUGAAAAAAUGGGUAAAAACAGAAAACAGAGGAAAGAAUUAAUGUCUCAAAUGAGAAUGUACCGGGGCCGAAAACCACCUUUUGAUAUGCUGUUUGAUACUGAUGAUAGAAAACCCAUUGAAGAUUUACAUGAUAUAUUGUGUAAUACAGAUUUUUAUGAUGAUGAAAAUUUGGAAGAGGUGCAAAUUGCUGAAGAGACACACAACAUUUUCACAUUUCCAGCAGAAGAAACACUUAGAAUUGAAGGAAUCUUGAAUCUAGAUGCAUCUGAUUUUACAAAUAAUUUAGAUGAGGAGGAAGAAUGGGAUCCUGAGAGAGAAAUAGAUGAUAUUUUGGACAAAGAAUAUUAA